AUGCGACUAAUAUCACAAACGUCGCAGUCGCUGCAAAGCGGCGUGCGACCCGACCUCUCCAGGGACUCCGUCGCCGGAACCACCCAGUCGCCGUCGUGCCUCGCCGACCUCCGCCCUCUCUCCCCCAACCUCUCCCUUACCGAUCAUCGCCCGCAGCGCGCCAAUGCUCUCCUCGUUCCCGCGGCACAGCUGGCCCAUCACGUGUCUCCCGCGGACGCGGCAACCCAUCGCGCGCGCUGCUCGCGGGGACCAGUCGACGCGUGCCCGGGCGUGCUCGGCGCUGACGCCUCCACUGUUGCCGCUCGGGGCUUCAGCGGUCGGUAUUGGCCUUUCAUUGUACCGUACGGACCGGCGGAUCUAAAUGGCGCCUUGUGCGCAGAGCGCGAGAGCACGGCGUUGCGCCAAGCCUGCACCCGCGGUCGGCCCCGCACACGGCGGCCGCACUCCCACCGCCUCCGCGUGCAGGCGGUGGCGGUGGAGCGGAGAGCGCCAGCCGCGGGAGCGACUGAUAGCGGGCUGCAUUGGCCGCUGGCGGGAGGGAGGAGCGGCGGGUUGGGGUCGGGUGCAGGACGGAGCGGACGGCGGGAUGGCGGCGUGAGCAGCGGGCGGAGCGGAAAGCGCAGGGAGCGAUUGCCGUUCCUGUCGCCGCCUCGAGACGACGACGCUAGGGCUGGCGACAAUACCGACCUUCGCAAACAGAUCGUUCAGUCGGCGCCGCGAGCGACAGUGGACGAGUUGGCGUCGGCUUCCCAGAUGGCGCGGCUGUCGGCGCUGGUGUACCACCGCGACCCCGCGCCGCAUUUGAGCGCCUUGGGGUUGACGCUGCGCGCGUGCCAGCAGACGCCCUUCACGGCGUACAUGGUCGUCGACUCGCCGCCGUGCCCGCGCGAGGGCGGGCGCACGCGCUACGUGAUAGCGCGCGGCGUGGCGGUGGACCGCAGCGAGGUGGACGUGGGGCGGCUGUGGCGCCAGCUGCUGCAGGUGCGCCCCGUGCACCUGGAGCGCGCGCUGACGCCGCCGGGCGUGGAGCUGCUGGUGCAUGGCGGCGUGCACGCCAUCGCGGAGGACGUGUACCGCGGCGUGCUGCCGCUGCUCGCCGCCGACAUGCGCCGCGAGGGCAUCACCCACCUGCGCUUCGGAGGGCACUCGCUGGGCGGGUCGCUGGCGCUGCUGCUGAUGCUCAUGUUCCACCUGCGUGCGCCCAACACGCGCGCAGACGCCUCCCCCCUCCACCUCUCCGCGCACACCUUCGGUUCCUUCCCUGUCCUCGCGUCGCUCUCCUCCUCGCCCUCUCCCUCUGCCCCGCAAAGCCUCUCCCACCAGUUUGCCCAUGCGCCGAGCGACCUCUCCCGCCUCCUCGCCUCUGCACACGCGCACCCCUCCUCCCCCCUGCUGCACCGUGCUGCCGGCCGCCCUCCCACCGCUCACACCACCGCCUCAUGGCCUCACAUGGCUUCGCCCCAUCUGCAUGCCCCUCCCCCCGGCCUCCUCUCCUUCCCUCAUGCACCGCUGCUCCACCCCUCCUCGCCGUUCAGCAGCAGCAGCAGCAGGGGUGCAGCGCGGUGCAGUGUGCUGGCGAGUCUGGGCCUGCCAAGCGAAGCAGCGAGGGCGUUUGUGUUGGACCGAGACAUCAUCCCGCGCGCCUUCCUGCUCGCCCACCCCUUCUGCUCCGCCUUUGCCCGCACUCCCCUGCUGCGCUCGCUGCUGGGCCUGCACCCCUCCACCAGCGCCCAACCGCUCUCCACAGGACUGACCUGGGACCCGCUGGCCUUCCAAGCAGUGGGCCUCGUGCACUACAUGCAGGCAACAGGGUCGGAGUCGAUGGUGGCGAGUCUGCCACCAGCGCUGGCGGAGAAGGCGCUGGCGAUGGGCGUGGGGGAGCUGGUGCGCGACCCUCUCAUGCUGGCGCGCUCCAUCCGCGACCACUGCUUCAACCACUAUGUGCACUUCCUCGACUCUGCGCUGCAUGCUGCCCGCCAUACGACACUCGACUGA